CUAUGGAGUAUAUAUGUGUUAGAGUGCCGUUUCCCUCCAUGGUUUCUCCCCGGGCUGAGUAAGUUGGCGUGUGGUUCAGAUCGUUUCUUCAGCACCCCUUUCGCUCUCCCUCCAUCAGGGCAUCUUUCCUGCCUUCUGGGCUGAGCCGAGCGCGGACCCCGAGCGGGACGAGACGAGAUCGAGGAAGCGGAGCGGAGAAGUUUGUGAAGGGGCGAAACAUGGACAUGAAAAAGAGGAUCCACUUGGAGCUCAGGAACAGGACGCCGUCUGAUGUACGAGAGCUCGUCCUUGAUAACUGCAGAUCGAAUGAGGGGAAAAUCGAAGGCCUCACAGCAGAAUUUGUCAAUCUCGAAUUUCUCAGUUUGAUAAAUGUUGGUUUAAUCUCAGUGUCGAACCUCCCUAAGCUUGGAAAACUCAAAAAGUUGGAGCUCAGCGACAACAGAAUUUCCGGCAGCCUCGACGUUUUAGCAGAAAAGCUCCCAAACCUCACACAUCUAAACCUGAGCGGAAACAAACUGAAAGACAUCAGCACGUUGGAACCUUUGAAAAAACUCGACCACCUGAAGAGUCUCGAUCUUUUCAACUGUGAAGUGACGAAUCUGAAUGAUUACCGGGAGAGCGUCUUUAAGCUGCUGCCGCAGCUAACGUACCUGGACGGAUACGACAUGGAGGACCGUGAGGCGUCUGACUCGGACGGGGAAGUGGACGGAGACGGGGUGGACGAUGACGAUGAUGAAGAGGGUGAGGGAGAGGAGGACGAGGAUGGUGAGGAGGAAGACUUUGAUGAGGAAGAUGAUGAUGAAGACGAAGACGAGGAUGAGGUAGAAGGAGAGGAAGAUGAUGAAGACGUCAGUGGCGAGGAUGAGGAGGAAGACUUUGGUCAGGACGGAGAGGUAGAAGAUGAAGACGAUGAUGACGACGACGAUGAUGAAGAAGAUGAUGAAGCCGCUCCGAAAGGAGAGAAGAGAAAACGAGAAGCGGACGACGAAGAUGACGACGACGAUGAGGACGACGACUAAAAGCCAACAAGCCAAUCAGUUACCAACUUUACCCUCCUCCGCCCCGCCCACUGCCCCGCCCACUGCCCCUCCACACUUCUCCCCCAGCUCUGAGCUCCCUGCAGGGGGCGGACUGUACUGGACGGGUGUGACGUGUGGAGCUCCGCCCACGGAGCCCGGAGAAAGCUCACCCAGCAUUCCACGACCUCUCUGAUCCCUCCCUCUGCCCUGCCCCGCCCCCUUCUCGCCUUGCCCCGCCCCACCCUACCCCGUCCCGUGUGUUUCAAGACCCGUGUGAGGACUUUGGGGACUGGUAUCUAGUUUUGGGUCUGUGCUUUUAAUAUUUUGUUGGAGAAUUGUUUAUUUUUUCCUUUUUCUUCUUUUAUUUUUUGCUGUUGAGGAUUUUCUUCCCCUUUUUUGUCUUUUUUUCGUUCCCAAUUUCCCAAUAAGAUUUAUUGCUAUAGCAACUGUGCGGCAAGCGAGCCAUAAUUUUAGUGUGGCGGCCGGCCGCGCAAAUCAAGGUUGUAGCUACAUUUUUACUUUCUGUAAGACAACAAACAACAAAACUUUGUAAAUAAAAUGAUAACAUUU